AUGUCGGUCGAAGAAAUUCCACAAGGUUCAGAUGUCAACGUCAUCUCAAAUAAAAAUGAAAAAAAAGCAAGAGAAUUAAUUAAAAAAUUAAAUUUAAAACAAAUUAAAGGUAUUUCAAGAGUUACUUUUAAACAAAGAGGUAAUUUAAUUUAUGCAAUUGAUCAACCAGAUGUUUAUAGAUCUGCAGCUGGUACUUAUGUUGUAUUUGGAGAAGCUAAAGUUGAUGAUAUGAAUCAAAGAAUUGCUGAAGCUCAAGCUCAACAAGCUCAACAAGAAGCUUUAACUAAUGCUGCUAAAUCAAAUACUACCACAACUGAAGAAGAUAAAUCACCAGAAUCAAUUACUGCAGAUUUAGAAAAAGCUUCAUUAAAUAAUGCAAAUAAAGUUGAAGAAGUUGAUGAUGAAGAUGAUGAAGAAAUUGAUGAAAGUGAAUUUGAUCCAAAAGAUAUUGCUUUGAUUGUUGAACAAACUCAUGUCUCAAGAGCUAAAGCUGUAAAAGCUUUAAAAAAUCAUGAUGGUGAUAUGGUUAAUGCUCUUAUGGAAUUAUCAUAG